AUGGGAAAUCUUCCAGGCAAGCACAUCACAUUCAGAAAUGACGUAAUAAACGUCCCUUCCAGUCCAAACUUUGUAUACCGCAGAAAAAGUCAAGAGCUAAACGAGCUUACAAUCAUAAAAGUUUUGAAUCUUCCAGAAGCCUCUUCUGCAACCUCUCCCUCAGUGGAGCCAAAAAGUUCAGAGAAAUCAGGAGAUUCCUCUGCGAGUGCUGAGUCCAGCUCUUCAUCUGACUCCCAAUCGCAGACUUCAGAGUCAGAAGAGCCGCCCGCACCAUACGAACUGCUUCCUGACGGCUCGAAAAAGGUAAGAAUAAUAGAAACUUCUUUAGUCCAGCUUCCUCAUACGAACAAGGACGCUUUCCGCAAGCACUCUAAAGAGUUCGAUAAAUCAGAAUUCACAAACGCAGUGAAUGCUUUGAAACUCCUUAAAACCCAUGUGGAAAUCAUUGAAGACUCUGAUCACAAAGAAACCAGCCCGAAGUUCAAGAACCAGAUUCAUAAUUUUGAGGCUGGGGAGUAUAAAAUUGCGAAAAAAUUCAUUGAAGAAAACCCACUUGAAGAAGAAACUAAAGAAAGCGCAAAAGUGGAAGAAGAAGUUGAGCCAAAAAGACCUGAAAUACCACAUAGAAAAACUGUGGUUUUUGAAUCGCCAAUUGACACAAGUAAGUCCAAUGCGAAUUUUGCUGACAAACUUAGACAGUUCAAUAAAAAUGAAUUUAUCAAUGCUAAAAAGAUGAGCAUGAAGGACGAUGAAAUUGCUGAUAUUUUAGACUCUAGCCGCAAAGAAGCCAAAAUCCGCAGCAGAGGCCGCAGCUUAACAUUGAAAUAA